AUGGCCAACACAACCAUGUUUGCGAGGGCAAAUGCAUGUCCUCCGCCCUUUCUCGACUCGGCCAGCUUUCCCAGCACUGGCGGAUUCAUCGAGGGUCGAUUCUGUUCGCCGAUAUCCGACCUACCCGGCAGUCCCGAAUGCUGCCUCCCGUGUCCAGCGACGGCAUGGGCAUAUUCCGACGGCUUCUACACCUGGAUAACCGUGAUCGAAUGGCUCAACGUCGCUGGGCUGAUCCUACUGGCCUUCAUGCUGCUAUCAUACCUCGUGCUUCCCGUGCAGCAGACACGAAAGCACUACCUGAGCGUCUGCCUGAUCGUUUCCGUGAUGAUGCUGGCGCUUGGGUUCACAAUCCCUCUUGCCACGAAUCCGGAGCAAUGCUACAACGACAUCACGCCGAACGACAUGUACACCCUCACCGAGUGCGCGUGGAGCGGCGCCUUCAUCGUUGCUGGUGGCUUGUCGACAGGCAUGUGGAUCUUCAUCCGCGCGCUAUCAAUGAAUCUACAGAUCUGCUGGGACAUCGUCCCCGGACAAAAGUUUUUCUACUACUCGCAAGCCUUUGGAUGGGGUAUCCCAGCGGUACUCUUCACCGUGACGAUGACCUUCACCGGUGUGAGCUUCCGCUUCGGUCGCGAAUGCGACGUCAACCACGACAACUCGAUGAAGGACUUCUGGGGCCCGCUGAUGGGUAUGGUGGGCCUGGCGGGCAUUCUGCAGCUCAUGACCUUCGUGCACUGCCUCAGAGUGUACCUACGAAACCUAUUCACCGACCGACCCGACAGCUCCACCAACGGCUCCAGCACCGGUCUCCCAUCCUACAGCGGCAGUACUCGCACGCAGAACCAAACAGCGCGCGUAGUCUGGCGACGCCUACAAAAAGUUCUCUGGCUGCAAUGGCGCGGCAUCGCCAUCGUCACCGUCAUCGUCGUGGACGUCGUCUUCUUCUCCAUCGUCUUCGUCUGGCUCGACGGCCUCCAAAACACCGUCACCUCGCACUUCGCCCAAGUGGAGCCGUGGAUCGAAUGCCUCGUCUUCAACCCCACCGCCAAGGACGCUUGUCUGCACCUCGUCGGCGCCUGGCUCGUCAACCAAGCAACCGUCACCGCCGUCCUGCUCCUCAUCUCCCUCGCCGGCCUGCAAAUCUUCCUCUUCGUCGCCCGUCCCUCCAUCUUCCCCGGCUGGUGGCACUUCUUCCGCUCCAAAUUCACCACCAACCACCAAGAGUUCGUCAGCCUGGAUGCCCGCCGCUCCCCAGAGGUCAUGCGCAGCAACUCCCAAAAGGGCCUCGUGACCACCUACCAGCACGAACGCGGCAGCAUGUUUGAAAUGCAGCGCCCGGGCAAACUAGACCUCGACGCCAAAACGCUCUCCUCCCCUAUUACAACCUUCACGACAACCACCACCCUCUCCUCCCCCGACGAAACGUAUAAAUCCCCCCUCAUCAUCGACCGCAACGCCAACGCCAACCACCGAUCAAGCGGCUGCUCCUCCCUCAUAGGCCGCGGCCGCAUUCCCCAAGAAUUCAUCGAGCGCCUGCACACACCCGAACCUACAUAUCCUCUCGCCAGCCCUCCCACACCCGUAAUCCGGUACGACGCCGUCUCCCUCUCAAGACAGGAUGCGGAUUACUUCCCUCGCCCGGGCACAGCGCCCUCCUCACAACAGCAGCGCUACACUCCCUCUCAGAGACCGCAGUCGAGGUCAUCGAUGAACAGCGAGAGACGAUACCGCGCGCCGGAGAGUUCGUUUUCCGCUCCGUAUUAUGCGCCUAGUAGGCACUCUAGCGUGCGGUCUGCGAGGUUUGGAGGAGCGGGCGAGCAGAGGGAUGCUGCGGGAGUGGCACCGCUGAAUCCGCCGGUGGUGGAAGCGCGCGAUGAUGAGAGUGGCGCGGAGGAGGAUUUGCAGCGGCAUUUGGAUCGGAAGUAUCGGGUUGUUGUCUCUUGA